AUGGCGCAGUUCAGUGAUGACGCCUACAACACAAAGUUGCAACCAGGAGCCGGCGCUGGGACGCUGAUUGGGAACUGGUUUGAGGAGCGUGUUCUCCGUGAUUCCUCGGGAGAAGGGCGCACUGUACCCCAGCGCCAUGUCCCUCGAUCUGGACUGCUCAAAGACUGGACCAAAGUACCAACAGUGCCCAGGAAGGGAGACGAUACCUUCGACCGUGUUUAUGGCCCGAAGAGUGGCUUGGAAUGGGAGCCUGCUUCGCACAUGAUUGGCAAGGGCGACGACUCCACGCCGAUGAUUAUGCGUGAGGGUCCCCUUACUGUGGCAUUGCAAAGUGCACACCACGAAGGGGCUGAGACGGAGGUCCAGCAUGAGGACGGCAUCAUUGAAGAAGUCAAUCAUGCCAGGUAUUUUGAAACAACUACUGGCGUUGGGCACCAAAAGCCAGAUUACACAGUCGCCGAGAAGGCAACCCACACAUCGAAGAGCUACGCCCAGGAGAUCAGGUGUGGGCCCGACCCGGAUCAAAUGCCUGCCCUGGACAACCAAGGCCUCGAGGUUCCGUUCCACUCUCACUACUCGGGCGUAGAUCAGAUCACCAACCAGAGGAUGUUCCUUGCUGAUCCAGAGUUUCGGAACAACGUGAAGGCAUCCGCCGCAACCGGUGUGGGAGCCUUCCACCGCAACUCUGAGUUCACCAAGGGCUGCGACAAGUUCAUCCUGGGCGUUCAUAAGGACGAGGCCCUCAACGCCAUGUAUGCCGGGCUGAAGGACACUCAGCCUCUGAGGCAUUUGGGGGGCGAAUAUGCCCCAAAUCACUUUGUCGACAUUCCGUCACUUGCAGCAUUGAAAGCAACAAUCCACAGCAAGGUGCAGGAGGUUUGGGGUGCCAUGGGCUACGUGUCCCUGCGGCAGCGACUCUUUGACUUCUGCGACCACGAAGGUUUCGUGCCCAAGGGCGAUGUCGUGGUGGUAUUGCGAGAGCAGCUUGGCGUUUCGGAGGAAGAAGUGCCAAGCAAGCCCUUAGACAUUUGGCUGACGCAGCUGGUCACCAUGAAGAAGGAUGAGCUCAAAGCUUCCUCCUUCAUGACCUCCUUGCGACCUGCACUUCCACAAAAGGACAAGAGGCGCGUGCUGACAGCCUUUAAGCUGCUGCAGGGGCCCAACAGCAACGGCAUUGUUCGCCUUGGCGACUGGCUGCAGAGGCUGGACAAUGGCGAAGUCAAGCAGACAGUCAUCCUUGCCUUCGGCGCAGAGGACGAGGAGAGUGUUGCAAGCACUUCUGUCACUGAGCGGGUAUUCCUGGAGCUGUUCUCUGACCUAGCACCUUUCCUGGACAUCGGCUCUCUGCUGGAGUGA